AUGUCUUUCGGCAUAUCUGAAGAACUGCUGCCUGUCUUUGUACCUAUUGUCACGUACUGGAUCGCCGCGGGAAUCUACAAUUUGGUCAGCAUUCCCGAUGAGAAGCACAAGCUGUUCUCCAAGGAAGAGGAGACUCAGAAUCUUGCCACACGGCACCAAGUAUUCGUGGGAGUUGUCGUCAACCAGGCUGUACAGAUGGCCCUAGCUGCCAUCUACUUCAUGGUCUAAAUCUUCUCCUCGCAAGCAUACAUUCCCUGUCUGGCCUUCGCACUCAUUAGACUAGAACCUGUCCAUAUCUAAAGGUUACAUGACGCUCGUCCACCUGUCUGCAGUACUUGCAGAAUGCUGGAGGGAAGGCGGCUGCCGCGGCCACGCCGCCACCCUCUCUUCUACGGAUCGCCGGGCAGCUAGCGUCAGCGAUGCUGAUCAUGGACGCAUUGGAAUACAUCUGGCACAGGUGGACCCACGAGAACAGGUUCUUGUACAAGCACGUCCACGCUAUGCACCACCAGCUCAUCGUCCCCUACGCCUACGGUGCGCAGUACGUCCACCCGAUGGACAGCCUUGUCGGCGAAGUCUUCGGCGGCCUCAUUGCCACCUUCUUCUCCGGCAUGUCGCCAACGACAGCCGCCGUCUUCUUCAGUCUUCUCAGCAUCAAGGCAGUGGACGACCACUGCGGACUGUGGUUCCCCAACCACCCCAUCCACCGGUUUAUGUUGAACAACGCGGCCUUCCACACCGUCCACCACCAACACUACGGUGUCAAGCAUAACUACUCCGUGCACUUUCUCGCCACGUGGGACUUGCUCCUCGGCACCUACUUGCCCUACUCCGUCGAAGAGAGAAAGGGUGGGGGAUACGAAAUCCGGACGCCCAAGAAUUAUUAA